AUGUCUGAUACAAGCAUGCCCGAUGUCGUUGACGUCGAGGCAGGCAUGGUCGCCAAAUCAAGCGUUUCCGAUGCAGCGUUCUUCAAGCGCCGCAGCAGCAGCGACAAUACCAGCAGCGCAAAUAAUGUGCAGGCUGGGCUAUGCAUCCUCAUGAAGGAUCUGUCGUAUCACGUUGCCUCCAAUAGCCAGCGUGGCGAGCGGGCUUACCUCUUGAAGGGUGUGAGCGCUUACCUAGAGCCUGGUCAGAUGACAGCCUUGAUGGGACCCAGCGGCAGUGGAAAGACCACAUUGCUCGACCUGCUCGCGGGUCGCAAGACAGUCGGCAAGACGGAAGGCCAUCUCAGCUUUGGCGGCUCACAGCCCACCAAGCAGUUCCUGAGGCGCUACACGGGAUAUGUCGAGCAGUUCGACACGCUGCUUGGGGAUCUGACUGUACGGGAGAUGCUGAUGUAUACGGCGGAGCUUAAGAGACCCAUGGAAGAGCCCCUUGCUGACAAGAGGAGGGAGGUAGAGGUGUUGCUGCAGAGGCUGGCUCUGAGCAACUGUUCGGAUGUCAAGAUUGGCGAUCCGAUGUCGAAGGGCAUCAGCGCCGUACAGCGCUUCCAUUUCGUUUCCCUUCCGUACUUGCUGAUCGGCAUCGCUCUCAUUUCCAACCCGCGUGUGCUGUUCCUGGAUGAACCCACCUCGGGUCUGGACAGCUACACAGCCAACGAGGUGAUGAAGGUGGUGCGGGGCCUUGCGGCCGAUGGCACCACCAUCGCCGCCACCAUCCACAGCCCCACCGCCGCCACCUUCGCGCUCUUCGACCGGGUGAUGCUGCUGGUCCGCGGCCAGCUGGUCUACUUUGGUCCUCAGGGUCUUCCGGCGCUCCAAUUUGCGGCGGCCGAAUGGCCCUCCUCCACCGCGGCGUCGGAGCUGCUGGAGCUUCACCGCCGCGCCACCGUACAACAGACCGCUACCGGCGGCGACGGUGGCGUUGCUGCCGCUGGACGCGUCAAGGGCAGGGAGGUAGCGGUGGCGGCCCUGGCAUUCAACGACGCGGAGGUGCUGGUCGAGACGGUGACGGAGGCGGACCAGCGCGGCGACGCGGCGUCACUGGCGGCGGCGUACGACAAGAGUGCGUUGCGGAAGGUCUCCGGACCCGCGCCCAUUCACCAAGCUGCCUCAAGCUCCAGUCUCCCCGAUCAGGUCGCCAAGGAGCUCGCGACUCGCAGUGAAACAGUGACCCCUUGGUUCUGGGGCUUAUGGACCUUGAUAAAGUACCGUACGAGCCACAACUACUGCAACCCUGCUUGGCUGGGACCACGUAUCGGCGACAAGUUGCUCAUUUCCCUCAUCAUCCUGACUCUGUACCUCGGAGUGGGGGAUAACAUGGCACCGGACAACCUGGUUAACGUUCAGUCCAGUUUGUUCAUGUGGGCUCUGCUGCCGGCCUUUGGCGCUGCGUCGUACGUGCCCGCCAUCGUGCUAGAGCGCCGGUUGUUUGUCCGCGAGCGCUCUGACGGGCUGUAUCGCGUUUUCACCUACCUGGCCGCCAAGCUGGUGGAGGAGCUGCUGCUGUCGCUGAUCAUCACACUCGCCUUCUCCGCCUACGUGUUCUACGGGGUGCAGCUGCAAGGCAGCUGGGUUGUGUUCUGGCUGGUAUACUUUGUGGAUCUCUCGGUGGGCAUCGUGCUGGCCUACCUAGUGGCAGCUCUCUCGCCCAACAUGGAUGUGGCCAAUGCCGCACUGCCGGGCUUUGUGGUCACACUGCUGUUCUUUGCUGGCCAACUCAUGACGGUGGACUCCAUCCCCGAUUGGUGGCAGUGGUACUCGCGUAUCGACUUCCUUCGCUACGCGUGGGGUGCGCUGAUGCUGAACCAGUUCGAGGACCACAACGUCGAGUUUGCGGGCGGGAAGACGAUCUUGGAGUAUUACGGCUUGUUGGGAGCGGACAAGUGGACCUACGUGGGCUACCUGUCGCUGUUCUGGAUCGUGUUCGCGACGCUGGCGCUGCUGGCGCUGACUUUCGUGCGCCACCAGAAGCGGUGAUGAGGCCUGAGCUGAUGCUGCUGCUAUGAGUUAUGGGCGUCGUUGUUGCAGGAUCUCGUUGUUGCAGGAUCUCGUUAUUGCUGGAUCUCGUUAUUGCUGGAUUUCGUCGUUACUUGAUCUCAUGGAUUCGGAAGGAUCACGAACUGAUGAAGCCAUUAUCGAUCCCGCCGGGCGCUAUUGGUUUGGAGGCAUCUCGGCAGGCGGGAUCCAUCGUCUCGGAGACGUCUCAUCAUCGUCUACGUGACGUGCGUGUUUGGAAAGGAGACAUGCACAUGCGUCCUCCCAUUAACUUCGGAAGCGUUGUUGGUUCUGAGUGAUGCAUGCACACGUGUAUGUGUGUAUGUCUAUCUGUGCAAUGGAUGUGAAAAAUGAGGAAUCGUUUUUUCUGUUCCCACGACCGCGGAAGAUAUAAAAAAUGGGUUAUGCAAGAAAAACAAGCGAAUUAAGGAUAUACUCACCCUUGCAGCUAAUACCCUUCUAAUACCAUCGGCAUCGUGCACCGAGCGACCGUGGAAGGGACAGGGUUGGAUAUCCGGAUUGAUGGACGUACAUAGGCUGUAGCUGUACGGGUGUAGCUAGCAGCGGCGAUGUACGGACCGGCUCGUACACGACUUACCGUUUUGUCGCAGGCGUACCCCGUUCGUUGCUUGGGUGUUCAUCGGUGGUGGGCAUAGAACAUUUGUGAGUAGAAAGCCGGGCCGGUCGAUCUUUUGGAAUGGUUAAUUGUAGGAAUGCUGAUGCUUAGUUACAGGAAGUGAGUGCGGGAAGGGAGGGCAAACGGAUUACCCUUCCACCCUCACCCUCCCUAACUGUCUAGUGGAGUUGCCGAUGAGGCGAAACCGGAUUGAGACAUCCCCCAUGCUUCGUUCUUGAACCUGGGACGAAGGGCUGCUGCAGCAUUAUGCGGUGAUUUCCGUUUGGCGCCCGCUUAGAUGAAGGGUUGGCGUUGUUCAGGAUGGUUAGCUGUCUGUGUGUUUCGUAGCUUAGGACUGAUUCGUACGGUACGGUAUGUCCUCGUUGGAACUUUGUACGGCAGGUGCAUCCAUGGGGCGUUACGCUUUACCUUUCAUGUUUAUAUGUGUGUUUGUACUUUUAGGUGCCG